AUGGGAUUAACUGAUUCUGACCCUCUUAUUUUUAAUGAAGACAUAAUCGAUCAAUUUAUUGAAAAUGAAAUUCAGCAAGGUUUUCCUGGUGCUGCUCUUAUCAUAACCCGAUAUGGUAAAAUAUUAAAACAAACUGUCUACGGCUAUAAAUUAAAAUAUGAUGAAAAUGGGACAAUCAUAGAACUGCCACAACUGCUAACAUUAGACACGAUGUUUGAUUUGGCAUCAUUAACUAAAAUGUAUGCAACAAAUUAUGCGCUUAUGCAUCUAGUUGCACAAGGAGCAUUGAACGUUGAUGAUCCAGUUAAAAAAUACAUACCUCAAUAUUGUGGAUGCAAUCCUGAAAACGAAUGUCGUGAGGCAAGAUUAAUAAAAGACCUAUUAACACAUACAGCUGGAUAUGCUCCAAGUGUUGAAUUUUAUAAUCCGAAGAGAGUUUCACCGGAUUUAUUCUCACAAGAUAAGCAUAGAACUGAAGAAGUUAUCGAAACAAAAUUGGGAUUUCAACGACCGAGAGGUGGUGAUCAAUUACCCGUUUAUUCUGAUAUUGAUUAUAUGCUAUUGGGUCUAGUUGUGGAGCAUGUCAGUGGGAUGUCAAUUGACCAAUAUGUAAAGAUUAACAUUUAUCAGCAACUAGGUCUAACGCACACAUUAUUUAAACCUCUCAAUAAUACAAACUAUCAAAAAUCAGAUUUUGCUGCCACGGAAUUAAAUGGAAAUACACGUAAUCGUACAAUUAACUUUCCGAAUGUGCGUACCUAUGUAUUACAAGGUGAAGUCCAUGACGAAAAGUCAUUUUAUUCAAUGAAUGGUUUAUCGGGACAUGCUGGCUUAUUUUCAAAUUUAUAUGACAUGUCGAUUCUAACUCAAAUUAUGUUAAAUAAUGGUACAUAUGGAAAUAUUAAAUUUUGGAAUCAACAUGUGCAAAGCUUAUUUCUAACGCCAUAUGCAUAUGAUCCAACAUUCGGAUUAGGAUGGCGUCUAAAUCGUAACAAAUCUUUACCAUGGUUUGGUCUCCAUGCAUCCGAUGAGGCAUAUGGUCAUACAGGAUGGACAGGUACAUGCACUGUUAUUGAUCCAAAGUACUCAAUGACCAUUACUUUAUUAACUAAUAAACGACAUACACUAUGUAUCAAUGGAACUUUUGACGGCGAAAAAUAUGAGACAGGAAAAUAUGGUAAAAUAAUGACAUUGGUCUAUGAAUCAAUGUUAUUGCACCAACAAUCAUCUAUGAAAGAUGGAGCAUCUACUAUGAACUGUUGA